AUGGCCGUGUCUUUUCUUUGGCUGUUUUCGACAUGGGUAAACUUUGUUCAUAAUAAUGGGUCUGGGGAUGGUCCUAAUUUUGAAUUUACCUUUAACAAGUGCCCUUUAAAUGCCCAUGACGUUCGGAUUUCCAAACGAGAACGUGAAUUGCGAAGAGUUAUUGAAUUAUUAGCAGAGAUGGAUCCUUUAUCGUCAAUCAGUGAAGAGCUAGCAGAGAUCAACGGACAGAUCGCCGAUAUUUUUCGAGCUUUAUCAAAUGGGUUCCAGAAAUUGGAGAAGAUUAAGGAUGUCAAUAGGCAGAGUAGGCAGUUGGAAGAACUUACGGGGAAGAUGCGGGAGUGUAAGAGGCUUAUCAAAGAGUUUGACAGAGAAGUGAAGGAUAUGGAGAGCAGAAAUGAUCCAGACACCAACAAAAUGCUGAAUGAAAAAAGGCAGUCACUGGUCAAAGAGUUGAAUUCAUAUGUUGCUCUUAAAAAGCAAUAUGCAACCAAUCUCGAAAACAACAAGAGAGUCGAUCUCUUUGAUGGGCCUAAUGAAGAGUUACAUGAUGACAAUGCAUUGCUAGCUUCGUCUAUGACAAACCAACAACUAAUGGAUCAUGGAAAUCAGAUGAUGGAUGAGACUGAUCAGGCAAUUGAGAGGGGAAAAAAGGUUGUUCAAGAGACCAUCAACGUUGGAACAGAAACUGCAGCAUCUCUUAAGGCUCAGACUGAACAAAUGAGUAGGAUUGUUAAUGAGCUCGACUCUAUCCAUUUCUCGAUCAAGAAAGCUUCUCAAUUGGUGAAGGAAAUUGGUAGGCAGGUUGCAACUGACAAGUGCAUUAUGGCAUUACUCUUCCUUAUUGUUGUUGGAGUCAUAGCAACCAUUAUAGUGAAGCUCGUGAACCCAAACAACAAGGAUAUUCGGGAUAUUCCAGGUUUAGCCCCACCUGCACAGUCUCGCAGAUUACUUUGGAAUCCUACAUGA